UUUCAUUUUGGCACAGUGCUCUCGUUUGCCCAAGUUAUUAUAUAUCUUCUACAACUUUUCUAUUCAUACUUCACUCCUAAAAUCUACAAUCUUCUAUAUUUGCAACACUACUUAAAACUAUCCCAAAGCAAAAACCAUUCAAUCCGAACACAAACAAGCCACCCGCGCAAGCAUCAAACCAGCCAUUGUCAUCAUGUCGUUCCUCGAAGUAACAGCUCGCCGUCUGGCCACCACCUCUAGAAUUGCCGUGGUACCCGCCACGCGACACUUUAGCACAAGCAUCGCAGCACAAAAAUCAGUCACAGAAGCUGCCAAGGACACAUUAAAAACCGUAGACCGUAAGGUCUCGGACAAACUGGUUGACGGUAUCAAUGUGGGAGCCAACCUCGCAUCGAAAGUAAAAGGCGAAGCAGACACAGGCAAGGUAAAAGGCACAGCGGAAGAGAUCCGCCGCCAAUCAAAGGGCGCAGCCGAAGAGUUGAAAGACAAGGCGAAGGAUACAGCUAAAGAGGCUCAGGAUAAGUAAGGUGAAGGGAAGCGUGUAAGAAUCUAAAUGGAUUGGGGGAAACCCUUGAUGCUGUACUUGCACACUGCCUGGUGUAUGUCUGUAUGAUAAUGAGACCAUCUGAAUUCAUUCGUCUUGAAUAGUACGAAAUGCUAUUGUCAAGCGCAGCUUAAUUCAAUUUAGCAAUACUUUACAUUCAGCAGCAAAAACAAGCUAUUAAGAUUACACCAUUCAACAAAACAAGCAUUCCUACAGUGCC